CAACUUUGUCUUUUUGCCUAUUGCAUUUUCCUGCUGCAACCGUAACUCACCAACCACCUUUCUUGGGGUUUCGCGAAGGCUUGUUUCUUUUAUUUUUAUUUAUUAAUUAUUCCUCUUCUCUGUUUUCAUUUCUAGUCCCUUGAAUCCUGGCCUUUUUAGCUUUUUUUUUUGUCUUUUCCCCUUGAAAAUCGCCAAAGGGGACAAGUCAUAAAUAGCAAGGAAGAAGGCUCAUUUGUUUCAGACCUUUUAGAGAAUCACCUAUCAUCCGCACACAAAAAGCAGGGAAAAUCAUUCAUCUCGCUUCUAAGGGAGGUUGGACUGACUGGCCACGGUAAUUCGGUCCAGUGAAGGGCAACUAAAAGACAAAUUUCCCGAGCCCUCUGCGUGGGAUCGGAUCCCGCCAACCCCACGAUCCGGGUAAUAGUCCGGUUUACAGUAUCACGUACCACGCUCCAGGUGUGAGCGCGAGUCGCGCAAAAUAUUCUUCUGCGGUAAACCCGCAGCACCAAGAUUCUCUCUUUGAAUCACUACCUUGAGAACAAUCUACCAUGUCCAGGUUCGCUCGCGGGAGCAUCCUGCGGCGCCUGGCAGCCCCGACGGCCAUCACGGCCCUCGGUGGUAGCCUCGUCCUAUACGCCUAUCGCCCGCGAAACAUCCCGGGCUUUGAGGACCCGGCCGUUCCGCCACCAACCUACGGCGCGGAUGGCACAUUUAAACUUCCCAGGUUUCCGCGCACGAAAUCGCGCGAGGAGCAGAUCGCCAUCCUGCAGCGCAGCUCUGACCCCAAAGCCGCCGACAAGGACGAGGGUGUCUAUGAUAUGCUUGUCAUAGGUGGUGGAGCCACGGGUGCCGGCGUGGCCCUCGAUGCCGCUACCCGUGGACUCAAGGUUGCUUUGGUGGAACGCGAUGACUUUGCGGCCGGUACCAGUAGCAAGAGCACCAAGCUCGUCCACGGAGGUGUUCGAUACCUGGAAAAGGCCGUCUGGGAGCUCGACUAUUCGCAGUAUGAGUUGGUCAAGGAGGCCUUGAAAGAGCGCAAGUACUUCUUGCAGACUGCUCCGCAUCUGAGCUCAUGGCUGCCCAUCAUGCUUCCUUUGGACAAGUGGUGGAAGGUACCUUACUACUGGGCUGGAACCAAGUUCUAUGACUUCCUCGCUGGCAGUGAAGGCAUAGAGAGUUCUUACUUCCUCACACGCAGCAAGGCACUCGACGCUUUCCCCAUGCUGAAGAAGGAGGGCCUUGUCGGUGCUCUAGUCUACUACGAUGGUGCACACAACGACUCCCGUAUGAAUGUCUCCAUCGCCAUGACGGCGGCGCUGUACGGAGCCACGGUCGUCAACCACAUGGAGGUCACGUCUCUUACCAAGGACGCCAACGGAAGGUUGUGUGGCGCAACUGCCAAGGACUUGGUUCCAGCGAGGGAUGGAAAGCCUGCCCCAGAGGUUAACAUUCGCGCCCGCUGCAUUGUCAACUGCACCGGUCCCUUCUCCGACGGUAUCCGCAAGCUCGAUGACUCAUCGGUACAGGAGAUUGUCGCCCCGGCGGCUGGUGUACACAUUGUCCUCCCGGGCUUCUACAGCCCCGCAAACAUGGGCCUGAUUGACCCGCAGACCUCAGACGGGAGGGUCGUGUUCUUCCUCCCAUGGCAGGGCAACACCAUCGCCGGCACUACUGACGACCCCUCCACAAUCGUCAAGGACCCCAUUCCAGACGAGAAGUCGAUUGAGUGGAUCCUCAACGAAAUCCGCCACUAUCUCUCCCCAGAUAUCACCGUCCGUCGUGGUGACGUCCUCGCUGCUUGGGCAGGUCUGCGUCCUUUGGUCAAGGACCCAAAGGCCAAGAACACUGAGGCCAUUGUCCGCAACCACCUUGUAGAUAUUUCGCCAUCGGGACUAGUCACCUGCGCCGGCGGCAAGUGGACCACAUACCGCCAGAUGUCUGAGGAGUGCGUCGACGCCGCCAUUGCCGAGUUUAAGCUCAAGCCUGGCCGCGUCGUCAACGCACCGCGCGUGUCAGGUACUGAGGAGAUUGAUGACGGCGCCGAUCUCGAUGGCUCCUGCCAGACCCACAAGGUCCGGCUCAUUGGAGCCCACGGCUUCAGCAAGAACCUGUUUAUCCACGUCAUCCAGCACUUUGGCGUCGAGACCGACGUCGCCAAGCACCUGACAGAGAGCUAUGGCGAUCGUGCCUGGACCGUCGCGGCCCUGAGUAAGGUCACCGACAAGCGCUUCCCCGCACGUGGCGAGCGCAUCCACGAGCUCUACCCCUUUGUAGACGGCGAGGUCAGAUAUGCGGUGCGCCACGAGUAUGCGCAAUCUGCCAUCGACGUCGUGGCCCGCCGCACGAGAUUGGCUUUCCUGAACGCCCAGGCCACGCUCGAGGUGCUGCCCAAGGUCAUUGACAUCAUGACCGAGGAGCUCAAGUGGGACAAAAGGAGGCAGGAAUUUGAAUGGAAAGAGACUGUCAAAUUCCUCGAGUCCAUGGGUCUUCCCAGGCCUCUCCUGACCGUCACUCGCAAGGAGAUCGAGCAGGGCAAGAUCGACCUCUCGACGUCGCUUGAGUACAAGAUGUACACCAGGCAUGAUAAGCCGGUGGAGGAGCUGUAAAUGAACCAUGCUUGCACCAAGGACCUCUUGGCCAAGUCGGAUUUUUGCAUCCCACUCAAGGUUUCAUCAACAAACGGAACCAUCUCUUCCUCAAAUACUCAACCUUCCCUUCACUCACCAAAAAUUAUUGUUUCGUUUGUAUGAUAUAAUUAUAUGUGCCCUGCAUCUGCUCGUACAUAUUUCAGACCUGCAUCGCCAUACCGAACUUGGAGGCCAUAUUUUAUUCUUUGACAACGGUGGUCUUUUCUUCUUUUCUCUCGAUUGGUUGGAGUUAUCGGUCGGCGGCUGUAUGUGGUCUUAUUUCUGGAUAUCUCGCAAAAUGGGGGUAUUGGAGAAUGGAGGCAUUUUUGAUUUUCAAUCCAUAUAUCCUUUCUAUGUCCCCAGUCCCCCGAUCCUUUUGAAAUCGAUAUUCCCGACUAGGACUUUGUUAGUCUGAUCCAUAUCAAUGGUGACGCAAACGCGUCCAAGCACCCUCGUGAUGCUGGGUGUAAAAUCCAGCCCCUUGGUAUCAUGGCCUCUUAUUCUUUCGCUACUCCCAUCCUGUCUGUUCUAGGUGAUGGCUGCGACUUGCAUCUGCGUCCAGCAGGGGAUCAAAAAAAGGACCCUUCGCGAGAAGAGACCAAGAUCAGACUCGAGAGCAGCAGGUACCGCGGAGCAGAAACGUUGGAUAAAAAGGUGAAAACGCACGCAGAGUUGCCACAGAUAUAUAUUAUCAGGGUCGUCUGAUUUUCCGCUCUGUUGGUUCACUACCUAAUGGGAUGGCAGGACGUAAUGCCAUGACGAAUACAAUCAUGAUCUAUAUGUCAUGAUAUAAUUUUCUGGUUUCUUUUUUUUUUGUUUCUCCUUGUCCAACCAUCCAUUGCCGUGAUGAGAGCUGACCUGCCCUCAUCUGGUCCCGCCUCACAAGCCAGUCAGCGUUGCAGGAUUAUGACGUCGCUCUUUUGACAGCGUGAAAGGCGACGCGAGGUAUUGGUAACCCCUGAUUGCAUCUCCAAGAUAGGUGUCUGGGUAUUGCCUGUCUUGUGUUACUUGAGCGAUCGUAUACUAGGAGACACGUAAAUUUCUAGGUCUAAUGGUAUUGUGUAGUCUCACGUG